GACAUCGAUGAGAUCAAUGUCGACUUCGAGUACUUUGAUCCGCAGCCCAUCGACUUUCAUGCGUUGAAGAACCUGUGUAAUCAGCUCUUCGGGCCGGACAAGAUUCAUUUCAACACGUCUGAGCUGUCAGACCUGAUCCUGAGUCAACCUCUGUUGGGAAGCACAGUCAAGGUCGACGGAAACGAGAGUGAUCCAUACGCGUUCCUCACAGUUCUCAACAUGAACACUCACCAAGAUAAGGACGUCAUCAAGCAACUAAAGAAAUACAUCCUCGAGAAGUCUCGCUCCAACUCCGCCCUCCACGCGAAACUCGAAAAACUCCUCUCCCCAACCGCAAAAACCCACCUCGGCCUCGUCCUCUCCGAGCGCCUCAUCAACAUGCCUCCACAAAUCGUUCCCCCGAUGUACCGCAUGCUCGUCGAAGAAAUCGAGUGGGCUAUCGAAGACAAAGAACCCUACCAAUUCGACGCCUUCCUUGUCUUCUCUAAGACAUACACCGAACUCGCAUCCGGCCUCGUCUCAGACGAAGACGACGACGAAGAGGAGGAGGAGAAGCAGCCGAAAAAGAAGAACAAGAUGGCGAUGAAGAAGAAGAAGUCUAAGCAGCCGAGUAAGGAGAGUUUCUAUUAUCAUAUUGAGGAUAAGUUGUUGCAGGAGAUUGCGGGGCCGGAAGCGAGGGUUACCUUCCAGUAUACGACGAAGCCCGGGGAGGAGUUGGACAGUUAUGGUAUCAGACCGCAGGGAGAGUUGAUGUUGAUCCCGAGGGAGGAGAUGUUGAAGGCGGUGCCGGAGUUG